CGUCAAUGCAUUUUACGUGUGUGUAAAUUGACUGCAUGUAUUCUAUGGACGCUCCUCCUCCGUAGUUCAUCCACACAUAUGGAAAAAUUCAGGUUAAAUUCACCGCUUUCGGGAAAUGCCAUGUCGACUUCACCGCCUUUCAGGACUACAUAGUACCUAGAUAAGUGGAAAAAUGUUGUGAUUUUGAAAAUCCAAGAGAGAUAAUAUCGGGUAAUAGGCCGUGGAAAAAUCGGAUUCAUCGGCUACGUACGGCGUCAGCUCAGCCCCCAUCAAUGCAUUUGUCGACAUUGUGCUGGAGUGAUAGUAAACAGCAAGUGCAACUUGUCAGGUGUACGAUUGAAUUGAGUGUAGUGGAACGAAUACAGCGCCAGUGCAGUGACUAGAAAUUUUAUUGAGAAGAUCAGGAGAGAGUAAAUUUAAUAGGAGUAGGCAGAGCUGGAAGAGAUUUAUCUUUUUUCGGAGAUCAUCAGAUUUAAUUCUUCACAAUCUUUCAGAGAGCAACUUCUGUGGCUGGACUCCUGGAGGCACUUUAAUUAAUUCAUCAUCAAAAUCUCUCUGACCAGCUGACUGAAUCUACUGACCUGUGCUGAAGUAAAAUCUUAGCCAACCCGGCCGCUGACUGAAAAUUUAUUUUCAAUGAAACUAUAGAUUAUUGUGAACUAAAUUCAAACUCAAAAUCAAGUUGUAUAACUCGAGAUACAAAAAUGGAUUUGGCAGACCCUCACAUGGCAGAUCACUUCUUCAAUGCUCCUUUUGACAGUGACAACUAUGGCCCACAAACCAGCAAACUCCAGCACCUUAUGCAGCGAUCGCAUUCGGUAGGAUCAAGCUUAUCAACAUACACAGGGUCUCCAGGAUCAUCAGCACCAGGCGGACAAAAGAGGGAUGAAUCACCCAGCUUUCAGCCUGGUCAGCCAGGUGUUGCAUUGAGCACAAAUGAUUUGAGCUCCAAUUUCUCCAACAUGCAUCUCAACAUGGCUUUAGAGGGAAUGGAGUUUGUACCUGGGGCCCAGAACACGCCCAAGUCUGAAUUCCAGCCCAGGAACAGUCGUGGUGACUUCCAGCCGCCCCCUCAGCAACCACCCCCUUCGGCCAUGUCCGUGCCCCCUCCCCCGCUUCCCGUCACACCAACGAAAGACGCCGGGCCUCUCUCCCUGAACGAGUUCAAGCCCCAGUCCAAGCUGAAGAGCCUAACCCCUGGGGUACCGGAGUUUGUCCCAAGGCCGUUGAGUCAGGGUAGCUCUAUGCUACCCACACCUGUUACCCAAGGUCAAGUUGCCAGCGCAAUCCCCAGGACUAACGCAGGAGGACUCAUGAGCAAUGAUUUUGUGUCGGGCUCCCUCUCGGCUGGUGCCUCGCCCCUUCACUCCCCUGGCGGCUCACCCAACACGAGUCGUAAGGAGUUCCGCCGGGCCCAGGCCCCCUCUGCUAUUGAGAUCGACGGUAAAGGUGCUUCUAAGGGGGGCGCCAAUUACCCAGGGGUGACUCAGGAGAACAUCGGGGGUACCACCUACUUCUACACAGACGACCAGGGGCCAGCUGUCCCACAAGCCCCAGCUAAUGCCGGCAUUGUGUUGCCGACCUUCCAUGUCUACCCGUCGACACCCGCUCAUGUGGACUACAUGAAGAGAAACGUGAAUGGACCAUCUUUCUUUAUGGAUGAGGAAUUUAAGAUUGAUGUCUUGAACAAGCAGGCCCAAGCCCUUACACAGCUGGACCUUGCGGAACACCCUGACAUCCCUACAGAAGUGGAUAACUACCACUCUCUGUUUCCUCUGGAGCCUUCACCCAAGACACCCAUGGACAAAUCAAGUACGUUCGGCUACACCACAACAUGUUACAAGGCUAUGAAUAAGAAGGACAGCAAACUCUACUGCCUUAGGAGGAUACAUGGUUUUCGAGUGGGAGUCACGCAGUGGAUGGUGCUAGUAGACAAAUGGAAAAAGCUUCAGCACUCUAACAUUGUUUCCCUCAGGGAAGUCUUCUCGACUAAAGCUUUUGGAGAGCAUUCCAUCGUUUUUGUACACGACUACCACCCUGGUGCUACAACGCUCAUGUCAAGACAUUUUGGUCAUUCUGGUGGUCUCAACUCAUUCCGGAAAGGACAUAGCGGCCCUUUCCCUGGUUCUCGAGGUAGGGGCGGAGGUGGAGGCGGGGGUAGCGGUGGCCCGAACGGACCGCGAGGCCACAGCGCCGGCCUUCUACCCGAGGGUUUGAUCUGGACAUACAUUGUCCAGCUGAGCUCUGCCCUGCGUGCCAUCCACACUGCCGGCCUGGCUUGCCGGGUCAUGGACCCCACCAAGAUUCUUAUCCUGGCCAAGUCCAGGUUAAGGGUCAACUGCGUGGGCAUCUUUGAUGUGUUGACCUUUGACCCCAGUCAGUCGAAUCCUCUUGCCAUGAUCUCACAUUAUCAGCAAGAAGACCUGAUCUCUCUUGGGAAGGUGAUCUUAGCUCUAGCCUGCAAUUCGGUCCAGAGUAUCCAACGUCAAAGGUUAUCUGCCUCCGUGGACCUUGUAGCGCAUCAGUAUUCAGCCGACCUCAAGAAUCUGGUCUUAUACCUUCUGACCAGCCAGCCCCGCCCCCGUUCUGUGAACGACAUCAUGCCUAUGAUUGGUGCAAGGUUCUACACCCAGCUGGAUGCUGCUCUCAUGUGCAACGAUGUGCUAGAGGAGCAGUUAUCAAGGGAGAUCCAAAAUGGCCGCCUGUUCAGACUCCUCUGUAAACUGGGAGUCAUGAAUGAAAGACCCGAAUUCCAUGGUGAUGUGCAGUGGGCAGAGACUGGUGACCGUUACCUUCUCAAGCUCUUCAGAGAUCACUUAUUUCAUCAGGUCAAAGAGACUGGUAACCCUUGGAUUGAUCUUUCUCACAUUGUUCAGUGCCUCAACAAGCUUGAUGCAGGGAUCCCGGAGAAGGUCUGCCUGAUGUCACGUGAUGAGCAAAACAUCUUGGUGGUCUCUUAUAGCGAUCUUAAACACUGCUUUCAAACCACCUUCAGUGAAGUGUUUCAAGCGUCUCAACCAUCUCCAGAAAACAUUGGCCACUGAUACCAAGUCUGAUGAUCAUCGGUCUCUUUAAUGUCACACAAUGCUUUCUGAUGAGUGACUGUGGGAGAAUGUUUAUUACGAGCAUCUCCGUCACGAUAAUUAUCGGUCUCUUAUAGCAAGUCCGAUCGUGGCUCGAUUUCAUCUCGAACAAUUCUUUCAGAAUAAAAUGAGCAAAUGUUACAAGCGUGUAAAGCAUCUCCAGAAAAGAUUGGUUACUCUUAGGAAGUCUUAUCUAUACUCUUUUACAAUGAUCUUAAGUGCUGCUUUCAGAACAUCCCUAGGGAAGUGCCCCUAGAGUCUCAAGAAUUGCCAGAAAAUAUUGACCACUGAUGAGCAAGUCUGAUUAUUACUCUCUUUAAUCUCAAAUACUGUCUUCAAAAUACCUUCGGCAAAGAAUUCCAACAAUCUUCAGAAAGUAUUGGUCACUGACAAUGCUAGCACAGCUUGAGAACACAUUCAGCAAAAUGUUUGAAGCGUUCCAACCCAGGCCAGAAAUAUUGGUCAUUGGUCAAGUCCCGUCCGCACUCGUCAAUCUUCUCUGUAGCUUUAAUGGCUUUUUCUAUGAUUAAUCUUUAAUGACUGUUUCUAUUGUCAUCCGUUCAUUGCUAGGAGCUAACUGCGCUAGCACAUCUUAAAGAUAAUCCUUAGUUUUCAUAACAAAACUGUGUCUUAAGAGAAACUGACAUUUUGAAUUGUGGAAUCAUUUGAGAAAAGCAUGCUUAAUAUCACCAAAAAGCACCAUCAUGAUGAUGCACAUAGAACACUGCUAAAACUCACCUAUCCCAAAAUAUAUCCUGAUGACUGUUCACUUUCUUUUUUAACAUAUCGGUAUGGUUGUCCUCUUAUGGCAUUUGAAUGUAAGAUUAUAUUUUAUAUUUCUUAUGUCUUUUGACAAAAUUUUAUUUCUAAAUUGAAAUGUUUUUAUUCAGGACUACACUUUUUUGCAUUGUAUUCAUUUUGAAAUGUACUAGAACUGAUCAUAUUUUAUUGAUGAGAUAUUUUAUUGAUAAUUGUAAUAACUGAAUAUGAAUUCCUUAUAUUUUUGUUUUUAAUCAUGAUCAAUGUCAUCAUUAUUGAACCUGUAUUUAAGGUAAUCAUUCUUUACAAUGAAUAAUGAACUGCCUUUCAGGACUAAUAUCCUGAUGUAGUAAUGAAUCCGAUACAAUCUUCAAAUCUAGUAAGAAAGUAAAAUAAGUAAGUUUAAGUGUUUUAUGAAUCUUGAAUUCAAAUGAGUUUCUUUGUUUAAUUUGAAUAUGUUAUUCCCAUUUUCAAGAAGCAGAGGAAGUUGUGAAUUAAGAUGAGAAAAUUUCCACUGGAACAGCAGUUUUCACACAAUGCCAGUAACUAUUUCCUAAGAGGCAGAGUGCCAUGAGUUAAGUAGACUCCAAGCUCUUCUGUAUUGAAAACUGAUUAACCCAGCUUCAGGGCAAAUAAAAGCUGUUCAAAGUUGGUGAAAAUGAAGAGGAUAUUGGGAGGAAAUUUAUCAUGCAAUAGAUCAUUACAGAGGUCUCCUCAUGGUGAUAUAAAUGUCAAGUUAGAAUACCUGUGUUUGUCAAUUGAUGGCAAACAAUGCCCCCCUUUUGUUAAGGUAUUGGAAGCAGAGCAAACAGGAAUUUAUACAUGAUAACCUUGUGUGUUCAGGUGAGGCAGAGAAAAGCCUGAGAUUAGGCAGUGGUAUUCACGCCGCACAGUCAUCAUUGUCAUCAGAUUGGUUUGGUCUCAUGUGAGAUUUUUUAGUCAUGAAAUUUCCAGUUUUAAUGAUCAAAUUUUCUUGUAAAUAGACAUCCCUCUUUUAUCAGUACAGUGCCUGUCCAUGUCAUUUAUUCAAAAUUAUGAACUUUUUUUACGUUGAGGAACUAGUGGUGAUAAAAAGAGGUGUCAAACAGUAUUGAUGAGCUAUACGAGCUUAUCCCUUUCUUUGUAUAAGAUGUACAUAAGACUGUUGUAGAAAGACGACUCUUGUACAUACCCGAGAUGCUAUCCUGUACAGUGUAAUGAGUGGAAUGGAAGGUGUAAGUGUACAUAGUAAUGAAUGAUAAGUCAUUGUUUGUAUCAUUUCAAAUUGCAGGGAGUGUAAUACCGAUCAUUUUUGUCGAGGAUCAUUUUAUUUUUGUUGUAAUUUUGUUGUCGUUGAAGCAUUCCACACAGUGAGGCCAGACUGUAAUGGGUAAGAUUGAUUGAUGUGAGCUUUCUCUACUUUAAGUCAAGUUUCAGGGUGGGGGAAUUCAGUGUUGUAGCCCCCAGGCACAAUACUGAACAAACCAAUAAUCAACAAAAUCUGUGCCAUAUGAAGUCUGUCAAUUUAAUCUCCAUUUUAUGUCGGUUUAAUUGUUGAUAAUGUCUGCCUUUUAGCAGUUUUGAAUCAAGUUAUUAAUUUUGCAGGGUUUAAUCUAUAGAUUGUACACUGUCAGUAAGUAUGUCGGGGGGGGGGGGGCCUUAUCUGGGGCCUGUUAAGGACUAUGAUCAGCAUGCUUCAGAUCCUGACGUCGUGAAUUUGAUCAUCAUUGUUUAAUAUUGGUCCAUCAAUCUUGAAGGUGUGACUGGUUUAUCCACGUAAUCAAGCUGGGAAUCAUCGUUAAAUGCACAAAUAUUGAACAUUACGCAGGUCCUCGAAAGAAGCAACCACACUCUCAGACAGAAUAGCUGAAUUUUUAUUCGCGAUAUAUUUUAACCCCAAACCUGGAUAUGCAGAUGAAAUGGUCAAAUGAUAGGUAACACUGAAAGAUCAAAACUUUGUUUUAUUCCUUAAUCAAAACUGUCACCUGAAUGCACAAGUAGCUAUUCCUUCAAUUCAUAAACCUUUUCUCAAAUAGUGCAUAUCAAACGUUCAGUUUUGUUAUUAAGAAAGUGCAGAUUUGUAUAAAGUGUGCCUUUGAUUAUGGGAGAUAGAUUGAAGGUGAUGUUAAUGUCAUGCUAAAGUUUUAAGAGCUGGAUGGGUGUUCAACCUUGUUUUUAAAAGGGUAUGAAGCAAUACCCAUAUGGCUACAAGUUGGUAAUAAGAGAGGUUUGGUCUCAAUUUUAUAGUUGAAUCAUUUUGUUGGAAUCAAUAGCCCGUGAUGGCGGGAUUGGAAAAAAUGAAAUGGGAUCAACCAUUUGCUGAAGUCCUAAUUCACUUUAGUUGUGCGUGAAUGGCCAGUAAACGUGUGAUUUGGGUAGGCAAUGUGGGAUUUACCAUAUGAAAACUUUUGUACGACUUCUAGCAUCAAACAAAUUUUGGUAAAGUGUUACAAGGAUAUAUUAUGUCAAUGUUCAGCUAAACACUCAUGUAAUGAUGGAACAACUUGAUCUGAUCAUGCACUUUUCUGACUUUCAUUGAUAAUUAUUCUUUAGAUUCUUGAAUGAUUUGAAUCAUCUGCAAACUGAUGUGAGGUUCAAUAUCCAAUUUUAUUGUUGCUCCAGUCAAGCAAGAACCAUUGGUGUCUUGCUCGCCUGGGCCAACUCAAAAAGUUGCAUAUUGCGCCACAAGUCAAAACAAUUGCCUUCUAAUGAUGGACCUGGACAGCUUUUUAAAAUAUUUUUUUCAUGUACAUUCGAAUUCUUAUCAGGGAGAGCUAAUCGUGUGGCUUUCAUUUUUACAUUUCGUAUCAAAAUUCAUGUAUUUUUUGAGAAAAAAAAAUAGCAAGAGAAAUCCAUCAGCAGUAUCCUUUUUUUUUCUGUCGAAAAAUAGCUCAAACAAAUGUCUGUGUGAAUCUUGAUCAUAGGUCUUUUGGUGUAUGUCAUUCCUUGAUUGUUGAAACAGGUUGUGUUAAAAUUAGAGAAGGCAGAUUUACUUUAAAAGGUACAAUUGAAUGUUUUAGCAGCUUUGUCAAGAUAUCCAUCCGAUUGACUGGGACAUCAAGAUAACUACUAAACACACAAUGAUUGAACUUUGUCUGAUGAACUGAAAGUAGCCAGUUUUGCCAUAAUUCCUUCGAGUGUUUUCUUGAAAUGCACUAAAACUUAAGACAAAACUACACAAAGAAAAAAAUGAUCUCUUCUAUUAUACUCAACAAAAUUGAUCUGCCUUAAACCUUGGUUAGAGCUCUUUAUGUAGAAAAUGUUUGGACUUUUUAAUUCAAAAUCUAGACAUUUCCCAUGAAAAUCAGAGGCUGUUUAGAGCCGGAUCCAAUAUAAGGAUAAUUUGUAUCAUAAAGUGGCCUUCCAUUCUCGCAUUUAAAGAUUCAUAGAUAAGGUUUUAUGGCAUCUUUUCUCUGGGUUUGAUCAGAAAGAAUUUACUAUUCAAGUACUGCUGAACAAUUUCCGAUUGGGGUAUGUCAAAUUAGCAAAGCUCCUCAAAAUGUUUGGGGUCCGUGCAUGCUCAUCAAACCACAAGUAGGGAUGCAAGAACCCUGUAACCACCCUUUUCUUUGGGUCCUGCAAUUACCAAUAAUCUUGAGUGAAUCUGCCUUUGCUCUCUAUUUUGCUGAAAUAAUGCUAUUUUUUAUGUUACCAUAUCGUAUUGUCAACUUUGUAAUUUUUAAUGCAUUAUAUUGAUGUUCCCUAUAUCACUGGCAGAUCGAUCAAAUUUACUGUGGUGGCCAUUUUGUCUAUCUGUGCGUGUGCAAACUUUACAUCGUGAAGGAAAUUGAUUUUGUUUUAGCCCAUGGUAAGUGGAUGGAGCCAUAUAUACAGCAGUGCCCUGGCUGUUCAAGAUUUCACACUCCACUAAUGGAAAGAUGGGCGAAUCUCGAGACAAUCGUCGUCAUUGUCUACGCUAAACUUGAAUGCUGUUUCUGCUACGAAUGAAUUCAAACCUUCCUAUUAUUACAGGGAUGUGCAAAGGAACUUUAAGACUGGAAUAGCCUAUUACCCAUAGCAGCUGCUUUGAAGCUCAUCGUGAUAUUGGAUAGCGUGUGAACUCUCUACGAGGAAACACGUUUUCUAUUACGUUUCAUCAAUUAGAUGUGAACAUUUGCAUGGAUACAAUGGAUCUGUGUUGCUGCUUCUUUGCGCUGCUUCUCAGCAAAGGACAUUAUACUUCGAAGCUUUUAUUCGAUAAUUGGACUUAAGGACAUUUUCCUGUGCUUUAAUACACUCAAUGCAAUUGUUUAAUGACUCUUUUUACCAGAUUAUGUUUUUUGUCGCUCUAUGUGGAAAAGGAAAUUUUGGAAUGAAUAUUUAAAAGUGAAAAGCAAAAUGUCAAUUUUUAUAUGCGAAGUACUUUUUUGUACAGUACAUGUAAAUGUAAAACCUGAAUGGCUAGCUUCCACACUGUACAGAGUUCUUGAUAUUUUUAAAAUAAAGUUGAGAAAGCACACUAAA